AUGGAUGGGUCUCUGUGUCAUGUCACAAUAUCUGCGUCUUCCAACGAUGGUGAUUUAACUACACUGUCACGGCUAGGCACGGUCGCAUCCGCAGUGUCGGAGACACAUCGGGACCAGGCUAAUUUCGUCCAAGUACGUGUGAGCUUUGACGUCACACGAAAGGGUGAGCGCAGUUUGGUGAUUGAUGGUUACAAGUUUACCAAGUCUCGUGAUGGGCUAGGUGAGAGAGUGUUUUGGCGCUGUUCUCGUCGGGAAUGCAAAGCCACCGCAGUCACUGUCGCAGACCACGUUGAUCAUAUCAGAGCAGUGCAUUCUCACGAGCCUCCUUUGGCUACGGAGUUUUACGCUAACAGUUCCAGCCAAAGCGUACAACACGUCAAAUUUAAUAGUGCUUCGCUGCCCCAGAGAUCUCGAGCCUCUCAACUUGGCCAGUUGAAAAAUUCACCAACUCGGAUGCAGCAGCCUGAUGAGGUAAUGGAAAGUGGCAACGAUUCAGUCGAACAUCAGAAUUGGUUGUCUUCUCAGUCCCAUCACUCCCGAACUGCAUCUCCGGGACAUUUUGAACAAAUCUCACCCGACGGUGUUCCCCAGUGUUCGUUCACUGGCGAUUUGGCCUCGGAUACCUUGAGCGCCAUCCUUAAUCGCCUUGUGGGAUCCUCCUCCAAUGUGAAACCUUCAGGAGGGACUGCCGAAGGAUCAAAUAACCUUGAGCACUUGCCUGCGUUUACUCCUUUGACGGUGGUGAUCGAUUCGCCGAUGCCUAUGAAACCUCCCGUUCAGUUUCCCAAUGGAGCGGACUCAGAUUAUCAGAAGUGCGAUGAAUCGCCCAACGUUCCACGGCCAUUUGCUAAUGGCCAAGUAAAUCAGUGUUCCGCAAGCAGUCUGGAGCACUUGGCCGCUAUUGCCACUUCCUUCGUCGAUGGCUCUCUUGGUUGCGUUGGGGAGGUCAAAGGUCUCGGACCGGUAACUACAUCUACGAAAGCAAAGGCCGUGAAUAAUACACACACAUCCGAGAAUUAUUCCGAGUGCUAUAUGCAAGCUUUCAGUAGUGCUCGUCGCCGGCUUUUCAUCCCACCUAGCACUGAGCAUUCAGAUCCAUGCUUACCAAUUGAGCAACGGCGACGAGAAAUUAGUGAUAGGUCAGUGGCGACAUCCGGUACUGUUUCAUGGGCAAGACUUCAAGACCACGAUGGAACAGUGUACACUACGGUCCCCACGGACAUUCCAAUCAGUUCGACCACCCAAUUCGAGGCGCCGUUUGAACGAAAGAGUAUGCUAACCCAUUCUUUUUCCAUCUACCGAAGUAUGUUUCCUCAUGAAUGCCCAACCGAUGAUUUUAAUUCCAACGGCGUUGGAUCGAUGUGUGUCGAAAAUGGAUCAACUCGACACUCUUGUCCUAUUGUUACUUCGCCUUAUUUAAAGGCGAAUUCUUCCUCCGAUCCUCGAUUUCUGGAGCCGGACGCUGAACUUACCUUAUCUAGCCCCGAUGUGCACGAGCCGAGCUCAGUCGAGCAAUCGCACCACAUCAAUUCGUUGAAUGUCUCGGAUCCUCGAUGUCAAACCGACGCGUACCUGUGUGACCCGGCGAAUCCUGAUGAGUCAAAUACCGGCCUACCUCCCUCCAAUAUAGUGACCAACUGGAAAAAGGAUAAAAUGCGGGCAUUGGUUAACGGUGCUUGUACCCAAGAACUGCGUUGCUCUAACGGCCGAUCUCGUGAUUUGUACCGGAGACCGCCUGCUAUGAGCAGUGCCGCUGUCGAAAUGAGUUGCGUACGCGAACGAAAACGAUGUGCUGGGGAUGAUAUCCUGGAUGAAGACGAAAUCAUGGAUCUAUGCACCCGAGUACAAGACGAUGUGUUACUCAAGGUGUUAAGUACAAUACAACAACUUACAGCCAGAUUGAAUGGAGAUGCAGACCCACCUGAGGUGAUUCAAAACUGCCGGGCAAUUCAGGCUUGUUUGGACACCGUAGCGACUAUUAAGAGGCUUCGGUACACACCUCCCGUGGAGGAUAAUUGCAACUCUACGAGACGUUCCGGAGUGCCUGCGUUUGGCUUCUGCGACACUUCCGUAGCCAAGUACUGGCUCAGUUGA